AUGAAGAAUAUGGUACGGGAAAUAAAGAAACUGAUAUCAUCAAGGAGACCACCUGUAAGUCGCCAUCUUCUGAAGAUCAAGAUGGAAUAUUGUGGAGAAAAACGGUGUAUUGAAAUGGUUAGACCGGUGUCAGUAAAAGUGCUUCAAAACCAUCUUCAACAAAAAUACGGUGAAGAUGUCAAGAUGUACUAUCAACAAGGAAGUGAAGCUGUGGUCUGUAUUAGAAGUCAGGAUGAAUUGGACAAAGCAAUAAAGGUGCCCCACUCAAUAAAUUGCUUGUAUUGUGGAACUGUUGGCGCCGGCAUCGAAAGAAAUUACACAAGUCUAUCGUACUCUAGUGUGCAGUGUGAUAUCGACGAUAAAAUUCCUAACACUCAGUCGCCGCGUACUCCUGUUCAUUGGAAAGAGGCUAGAGAUCUCGCUGUGAAAAAGAUACCAUUAAUACCCGAUAACAGGGAACUAAGUCGUGAAAUGCAAGGACUGGAGUUUGAUGUGCAGGAGCUGGGCCGACUACAACACCCAAGGAUUGUGCAAUAUUUAGGAGUUCAAGAAACAAGCGACAGAAUUCUGAUCUUCAUGGAGUAUAUGACUGGCGGUUCACUGAAAGAACAUAUCGCUUUAGUAGGGAGCUUGUCUAAUGUGGUUGCGAAAAAGUAUACUUCACAGGUGUUAGAAGGACUUGCCUUUCUUCAUAAAAACCACAUUAUUCAUAGAGAUAUCAAAUCUGCCAAUAUUCUUCGAGAUUCGUUGGGAAAUGUAAAAAUAGCCGACUUUGGUUCGGGAAAAAAGAUGCAGAGCUUAGCGAGUCAACAAGGAGCAUUUCAUAGCACAAUUCAUUAUACGGCUCCCGAGGUAUUGCUUGGAAAAACCCCUUAUGGGAGAAAAGCUGAUGUUUGGAGUGUUGGAGUGACGCUGGUUGAAAUGUUAACUGGAGAGGUACCUUGGAAGGAAUUCGAGCCUAUGGCAGCGAUGUUCCAAAUAGCAUACGAAGAGCCUCGUAUUAAUCUACCACCGACAGUUGAAUCAGUGAUUGCCGACCUUUGUCGAGUGUUGAUGAACAGGAAUUUCGAUGAAAGACCGAUGGCUAAUGAAGUGUUAUCUAACCAUCCUGCAUUCAAAACAUAG